UGGCUUGUGCUUUCCUACAGUCUGCUCGCCGCUGUGCCUGGGUCCGAACCCAAAAGCGUGGACGCGUCCUCCAGAAACUGAGGCCAAGAAAGCAUGUGACUGGCUCCGAGCAACAGGAUUUCCUCAAUAUGCUCAGCUUUUUGAAGAAGGUGCAUUUCCUUUGGAUAUCAGUUCUGUAAAGAAGGACCACGGUUUUCUGGAGGAGAACUCUCUGGAAGCCCUGUGCAGGAGGCUGAUGACCUUGAAUAAUUGUGCCUCGAUGAAGCUGGAGGUUCAUUUUCAAUGCAAGCAGAAUGAAGACUCUGAAGAUGAAGAAAACUGUAACAUCAGCAGCCACUGGGCCUUCCAGCGGGAAAGCCAGCACCAAUCUCCCAUGGGUUCCUGUGCCCUGCUGGCUCCACCAAGCCCCAGCCUGUUGGGGACCUCAAGCUGUGAGAGUGUCCUCACUGAGCUUAGUGCCACCUCCAUGCCAGCCAUCACCGUGAGCCUUUCCCCUGAGUCAGCAGACUUGCCUUUGUUAGGCCAUGUCCCUAGCCCGAGUGACCAGACCCUCCUCAGCCCCAUUCAGGGCCAGGAAGGUCCCCAGGAAAAGGCCAAGAAGCACCGUUCUCGUAGCUUCCUCAAGCACCUUGAGUCUCUGAGGCGGAAGGAAAAGGGUGACAGUCAGCAAACAGAGCCUGAGCCCAGACCAGCCACCCCAGAGAAGACUACCAAAGGCUCAUCUUUCCGCAACUGCCGUGGUUUCCUCUCAGCUGGAUUUUAUAGGGCCAAGACCUGGGCAGCCACCCCAGCGAGGGGUAGAGAUAUUGAGACUCAUAGGGGCUGGGAGGCUUGGCCUAUGGCAAUGUUCCAGCAUCCUCAGCAGGGACAUCGGGGUAACUACUUGGUGCAUGUGCCUGGGGACCAUAAACCAGGCACAUUCCCUCGUUCUCUGUCCAUUGAGAGCCUGUGUCCACAGGAGGGACAUUGCCUGGCAGAUUGGCAGCCAGGUAGGCGCUGGGGCUAUGAAGGGCGGCGGGGCUCCUGUGGCUCCACAGGCAGCCAUGCAAGCACUUAUGACAACUUGCCAGAGCUGUAUCCAGCUGAGCCUAUGCUGGCUGGGGCUGAAGCUGAAGAAGAAGAUGAGGAUGGGGAGAGCUAUGCUCACCUAGAUGACAUCCUCCAGCAUGUGUGGGGACUGCAGCAACGGGUAGAGCUGUGGUCUCAGGCCAUAUAUCCAGACCUGGAACAUGGAGAUAAGGAAGAGGAAGAGGACGAGGAAGAGGAAGUCACUUCCUCAGUGGAAAUAGCAACAGCUGAGAUGGAAGGCCAAACUGAGGCUAUGCCCCAAGCAGAAUCUCCCACCCAGGUCCAGGCUGAAGUCCAGUCAGUAGUUCUGGUUCAGGCCCCAGGUGAAGUUGAACCAUUAGCACAGGCACAAGCUGAGAUCCCAGUCCAGGACCAGGACAACAAGCAAGACACCAACUCAGCUGGGGAACCCACGUCUGCCUCCAGCCUAUCUGUAGAAGGACACUCCAUUUCUGACACUGUUGCCUCCUCCAGUGAACUAGACAGUAGUGGGAACUCCAUGAAUGAGGCUGGGGGUGCAGGAGCCUUGGCGGGACUCCAGGCACCAGUGACUCGUGAACGGCGUGAUUCAGGCGUUGGAGCCUCACUUACCAGACCAUGCAGGAAGCUCCGUUGGCAUAGCUUCCAGAACUCCCACCGGCCUAGCCUCAACUCAGAGUCUCUGGAGAUCAAUCGGCAGUUUGCAGGCCAGAUCAACCUUCUGCACAAGGGUUCACUGUUGCGACUCACCGCCUUCAUGGAGAAGUACACUGUGCCCCACAAACAGAGUUGGAGCUGGUCAAUGCCAAAGUUCAUGAAAAGGAACAAAACCCCAGACUACCGAGGACAGCAUGUAUUUGGGGUGCCACCUCUUAUCCAUGUGCAGCGCACAGGCCAGCCAUUGCCACAGAGCAUUCAGCAAGCCAUGCGCUACCUACGCAGUCAGUGCCUGGACCAGGUGGGAAUUUUCCGCAAAUCUGGGGUCAAGUCCAGGAUUCAGAGCUUGCGCCAAAUGAAUGAGACCUCUCCAGACAACGUCUGCUAUGAUGGCCAGUCGGCCUAUGAUGUUGCUGACCUGCUAAAGCAGUAUUUUCGGGACCUGCCUGAGCCCAUCUUCACCAGCAAGCUCACCACUACUUUCCUGCAGAUCUACCAACUCCUCCCUAAGGAGCAGUGGUUGGCGGCAGCACAAGCUGCCACCUUGCUGCUCCCUGAUGAGAACCGGGAAGUGCUACAGACCCUGCUCUACUUCCUAAGUGACAUUGCCUCUGCUGAGGAAAACCAGAUGACAGCCGGCAACCUGGCAGUGUGCCUGGCACCUUCCAUCUUCCACCUCAACAUCUCCAAGAAGGACAGCCCCUCACCCAGAAUCAAGAGCAAACGAAGUCUGGUUGGCCGGCCAGGUCCUAGAGACCUGAGUGACAACAUGGCAGCCACCCAGGGCCUGUCACACAUGAUCAGUGAUUGCAAGAAACUUUUUCAGGUGCCCCAGGACAUGGUGGUGCAACUGUGUGGCUCAUACAGUGCAGCUGAGCUCAGCCCCCCAGGCCCAGCCCUGACUGAGCUGCGGCGAGCACGGGCCGCUGGCCUGAGCCUGAGCCUCUUCAUGGAGGAGAGUAUACAGGAGCUACUGCGGGAUGCUGCUGAACGCUUCAAGGGCUGGACCAGUGUGCCAGGGCCCCAGCGCACAGAGCUGGCCUGCAGGAAGGCACCUGAUGGGCACCCUCUACGCAUAUGGAAGGCAUCCACAGAGGUUGCGGCCCCUCCAGCAGUGGUGCUCCAUCGUGUCCUCCGGGAGCGGGCCCUUUGGGAUGAGGACCUGCUGCGUGCCCAGGUGUUGGAGGCCCUGAUGCCAGGGGUGGAACUGUACCACUAUGUCACCGACAGCAUGGCACCACAUCCCUGCCGCGAUUUCGUGGUGCUGAGGAUGUGGCGCUCCGAUCUGCCCCGUGGGGGCUGCCUGCUAGUCUCCCAGUCCCUGGACCCUGAGCAGCCUGUGCCAGAGUCUGGAGUACGGGCCCUCAUGCUCACCUCCCAGUACCUCAUGGAACCCUGUGGCCUGGGCCGCUCCCGCCUCACACAUGUCUGCCGUGCGGACCUCAGGGGCCGUUCUCCUGACUGGUACAACAAAGUCUUUGGGCACCUGUGUGCCAUGGAAGUGGCAAAGAUCCGGGACUCCUUCCCCACACUACAGGCAGCUGGUCCUGAAACAAAGCUGUGAGCUGCAGGCUACCAUUGUCCCAGCAUCCUGGCACCAAGGGAGUGAGUGGAACAAGGACAGAGCCAUGGCCAGGGGGCUCCACUCACCCAUCCCCCUUACUUUCUAACACUAUCUGCACAUCCAGGAGAGGGGAAGGGAGAUUAGGUGCCCUGUCUCCAUGCCAUCUUCUUCCCUAACUGUGUAUUACUUUUCCAAGAGAAGAGAAACCUAGUAGUAGUGAAAACUCUGCUGCCGGUCCCUGCCAGGAGACUGGCAUUCAAUCUGCAGCAUCAACCACCCCCACCUGCAGGAGGAAUGGGGUGAACAGGAUAGUCCCAGCUGUCUGCCACAGCAAGAUGCAAAUGUCCUGUUAGAAAAUAGGCUCAUGGCCUUUGGGGGCCAACACUGGCCCUGAACUAGCUUUUCCAAAAAUGGGACUAGAGUAGGUAGUACAGGAGCAGAGGACAGAGGAUAGAGAAAGUAAACCACUUGUGGUUUACAAUGCCAGUUUUAUAUGAGGCUGAUUUAGAGGGUCCUUAGGGGGCCCUGGUUAGUGUCUUGACGAUUUGGGUUAGCCUGGGACAGAAAGAUGAGGAAACUUCCUUUCUCAAGUCUCAGUAAACCAAUGAACUAGCUUUGUGUGGCUUAGGCUAUCCAGUGUCACUCCUUGUGGUUACCAGUAGCCUUUAUCUAUCUAUUCACUGUCAUACCUAUGGGUAAAUGAGCUAACUCACACCACACAGGCCAAGCCACGGCACAUAGUUGUAGGGAAACCAGUAUAUUCCUCUUGCCUAUGGUAGUGGGCAAGCUCCUUCCUGGAGCAGACAUCUGGCCCCUGGGCCAGCCAAAGGGAAGGGCCCACAUUAAUCCCCUGGGCCUUGAUCCAAAUCUAAUCCAUCCCAUUCACUCACUGGCCACCUUUGUUCAGAUGGUAGUGCCAUUGCCAGUCAAUGGCUCACUUAGACUUUAUUUUUCCAUCCACUACAUAGACUGGGGGGAUGGAUCUCAGCCAGCACUGUAAUUUUAAGCUUGUGUUCUUUGUACGUAUAUAUAUUGUACAGUCAAAAUAUGUAUGUGUUAUCUGUAGUGUACAUAUAGACACAUAUAUACAUACACACGCAUAUAUGCAUGCGCACGUAUAUUCUCUCCUGAGUAUUUGAUAAUCUUUGGAUGGGAACAGGGUCUGGAGGGCCGCAGGGCAGGUCACUUGUAAAGACUGAGAGUGGUGGAGGAUAAGGUACAGCAGGAUCCCUCUGCAGAACAAUAAAGACUUACUGGAGAUGUA